AUGGACGGCCCGAUCGUCGACCAUCCCCUACAUGGCGCAAUUAUACUUCAAAACGAGGUGCCAAUUGGGGAAAUGACCGAGGAAGAAAAAUGGAAGCUCGAGCAUAUCAAAUUACACGAGAAACACAAGGGCCAUGAUGCGAUGCACAUGGAGAUGUUUUUGAUCCUGAUUAUUUCGCUCGUUGUCGCUCAAAUUGCAUUGGUUCAAUGGAAGAAACGUCAUUUCAAAAGCUACCAGUUGUGCACGUUGGUCGGAAUGUGGCUGGUCCCAGUAUUUGUAUGCACACAACGUGGAUGGUACCGGUUUCUGGCGACGUGGCUCGUCUACACAAUUUUCUCUGUGUGGAUAUGGCUAAAAUCUAAUGAACCGCAGAUUUCUGGGAAAACGCCAAGAUUUGUGUACAAGUGGUUCCUAUUUCUGCACAAGCUAAGUUAUGUGCUGGGCAUCGCCGGUUAUUUGACGAUGAUGUUUACACUACUCGGAUUUAACAUGAUCUUUGGCCUGAAACCAAAUACUUGCAUGGACGCUGGUAUUUUGCUGCUCUUUUAUGGCUUGUACUACGGUGUGCUGGGUCGUGACUUUGCGCACAUUUGCACCGAUCGGAUGGCUUGUAAAAUCGGGUAUUAUACGGAAAACGGGCUGCCCAAGAAAACUCUCAGCGAUAACGUGUGCGCCGUCUGCGACAAUCACCUAGAAAAAACGGAAGAAGACGACGAAGAACAGGAGAAAACAUAUCGUCUGUCGUGCGGGCAUGAAUUCCACGAAUUCUGCAUUCGCGGCUGGGUGAUCGUCGGCAAAUUGCAGACGUGCCCCUAUUGCAAAGAGAAGGUUGAUCUGAAACGGAUGUUCAAAAAUCCUUGGGAAAAGCCACACCUGUUCUACGGACAGCUCCUUGACUGGAUACGUUACCUCGUUGCAUGGCAGCCUGUCAUCGUCUUCAUCGUGCAGGGAAUUAACCAUCUACUCGGUCUCGAA